AUGGCAAGCACCAAGCUUCCGUUCAUGGCCGUCGCCGUCCUGCUUCUGCAGGCGUCGUGGUGCGCCGUGGCCCGGGCCCGGCACCACCACGACCCGGACCCGUGCGGGGACUUGGUCGGCCUGCAGCGCCACAAGGACCACGGCUGCUCGUCCCCCGCCGUGUCGGCCCAAGGUGGUACGCCCGCGAUGAUGACGGUGAACUCGUUCGAGAAGGGCGGGGACGGCGGAGGCCCGUCGGAGUGCGACGGGCAGUACCACAGCAACAAGGACUUGAUCACGGCGCUGUCCACGAGGUGGUACGCGGGCGGGAGACGGUGCUUCAAGCCGAUCCGCAUCACGAGCACGCAGACCGGGCGCAGCGUGGUGGCCCGGGUCGUCGACGAGUGCGACUCCCACCGCGGCUGCAAGAACAACAUUGUCGACACGUCCCAGGCCGUUUGGGACGCGCUCGGGCUCGACUCCAACAUCGGCGUGGUUCCCGUCACCUGGUCCGACGCCUAA